CGACUAAUGGCAGUACCUUGGGAAUGCUUUUGUAAGUGUUCAUCUAUUUUUAGUGGUGAUGUACAGCCGCUUACGUUGACCACUGACUUUCAUGAGGCACCAGCUGCGCGCCGUGCCCCAAAGUGGGGCAAUGGUGGCAUUAUUUAGUACACCCCCCCAGCUGAGCUUGCAUUACUUGAGGGACAUUGAUUAAGACCUCGCCGCUUGAAAACUCUUCCACCUGGUACACAUACACAUACACUCUCUCUCUUUGUCAAUCUCUGUCAAUUGAUAUCCUGCCAUUCCCCCGUACUAUUCCGAUUUACCCCGCCUUGCAGCAUCAUCAUGGAAGCGGUCAAAGACACCAUCAACUCGACGCUCGAGAAGCUGCACCUAACUGGCGGUCAGCAAGGUGCUCCCGCUCAGGAGCCCACCGAAGAACGCUUGAACGAGCUCAAGUCCAAAUACGAAAAGGCUGAACAAGGUCAGGUCUUCGCUUUCUACGACAAACUCUCCACCGCCGAGAAGGCGGGGCUCUACGAGCAGCUCUCCAACUUCGACCCCUCUUACAUCAACGAGCUUGCUGAGAAAGCCCUCCACCCUCCACCAACAGAAGCCUCCGAGGCAAAACUCGAGCCUCUUCCUGAAACCUCCACCUCGUCCGUUCUCUCCUCCGAAGCUGAAGAUUUGCAAAAAUGGUACGACAGCGGUCUCUCGCUCAUCGCGGAGAACCAGGUUGCAGUUGUGUUGAUGGCAGGAGGACAGGGCACAAGACUGGGUAGCUCUGCACCCAAGGGUUGCUUUGAUAUUGGAUUACCGAGCCACAAGUCGCUGUUCCAGCUUCAAGGUGAGCGUAUUGGAAAGGCGGAGCAAUUGGCAAAGAAGAAGCAUGGCAAGGAGAGCGUUACCAUCCCCUGGUACGUCAUGACCAGUGGUCCGACCCGUGGGCCUACUGAAAAGUUCUUCGAGGAGAACAAGUACUUUGGCUUGAAGAAGGAGAACGUUAUUGUCUUCGAGCAGGGUGUCCUGCCGUGCAUUUCUAACGAGGGCAAGAUCCUGAUGGAGAGCAAGUCAAAGGUUGCUGUUGCUCCCGAUGGUAACGGUGGUCUUUACCAAGCUCUCAUCAAUGCUGGUGUCGUUGCCGACAUGGGCAAACGUGGUAUCAAGCACAUUCACGCUUACUGCGUCGAUAACUGUCUCGUCAAGGUUGCCGACCCUGCCUUCAUUGGCUUCUCCGCCUCCAAGAAUGUCGACAUUGCCACCAAGGUCGUCCGCAAGCGCAACGCCAAAGAGUCGGUUGGUCUGAUCCUACAAAAGAACGGCCGCCCCGAUGUGGUCGAGUACUCCGAAAUCUCCACUGAGGACGCCGAGGCAAAGGACAGUAAGGACCCCGAACUCCUCAAAUUCCGCGCUGCCAACAUUGUGAACCACUACUACUCGUUCAGUUUCUUGGAGAGCAUCCCUGAGUGGGCAAAGAAACUCCCGCACCACGUGGCACGCAAAAAGAUUCCUCACGUCAACACGGACAGCGGCGAGACGGUCAAGCCCGAGAAGCCCAACGGUGUGAAGCUCGAGCAGUUUGUCUUCGAUUGCUUCCCCUUCCUCUCGCUCGAGAAAUUCGCUUGCAUGGAGGUUAAGCGCGAGGACGAGUUCUCGCCGUUGAAGAACGCGAGGGGCACAGGCGAGGACGACCCUGACACGAGCAAGCGUGACAUCACCGCGCAGGGCAAGAAAUGGGUCGAGGCAGCCGGUGCGACCGUGGUCAGCGAGGAACAAGACGAUGGUGUCGAGGUUUCUCCAUUGAUCUCCUACGGCGGAGAAGGGCUCGGCUUCCUCAAGAGCCGAACGAUCAAGGCGCCGGCAGUCAUCGAGUCGGAAGAAUAAGUGCAUCUCUAGCUGCAAGAGCUGGCAUCACGCGCAAAGAGGUGAGGAAGAAAAGGGAAGAAAAAAGAAACAUGGGUACAAAGCAGCCCAUGCACGUCACGAGAUAGCAAGCAAAUACACGAUGAUGAACCAACCACACAGGAUCCCCUUUUUGUUGUUGACUGCUCGGCCCCCAAAUCGUGAUGUAC